AUGGCAACAAGAGCGGCACUUUCAGCAACUACAUUAGACGAGGAAGUUCAACGUCGUUUAGAGUUGAUGGCUUCAAAGCCUAGUACAAGCAGAUGCAAUGGAAUUAAUCAUUCAAAAACAACUCCAGCAACUUUAAAUGAAGGGACUGAAUUUCCAGAUCAAUUAAUUAAUAGGCUUGGACCUGAAACUGUUUUGAAAGAUUUAAAUAAACAAAGUACUUCUUCAAUUGAUAUUGUAGCUGAAGGUGGUAGUACAAGUGUAGAUUCUUCAUCCAAAACAAAAAGGACAGCAGCAGAAAAACUUUUAUUAGACUCUGAAAGAAAAAAUGGAAAAAGGAAAAAAUUUCGUUCCAGUCGGGGUCAAUCAAACGACAAUCCAUCAUGUUCGUCUUCUUCCGAAAGGCGUUCUCUAAGACAACUACAAGAAAUGGCAUUAACAUCAUUUUGUCGUGAUAAAUGGAUUAAUGGAAAAUAUAAGAUAAUUAAUGUAGAAUUAAAUAGGGAUUCAAAAAUUGGACUUGGAAUAACUGUGGCUGGUUAUGUUUAUAAAAAAGAAGAAAUAAGCGGCGUAUUCAUCAAAUCAUUAGUACCUCAAUCAUCUGCCCAUCUUUCCAAACAAAUUCAAUUACAUGAUCUUAUAGUUGAAGUUAAUGGAAGAAGCUUGGAAGGAUUGAGUCAUAAUGAUUCAGUUAGAGCAUUAAUUAACAGCGGAAAUAAUGUUGUAAUGAAACUUGUACGGUUUGAUGCAGAAACGCCUCAAGCAAAGUGCCUAAAAAUGCUUCAUGAACAGGAAUUAGCUGUCGCCGCUUCAGUACAUUCCGAAUCAGCCGCUUCUUCAAGUACAGCAACUGGACGUGCUGGAAGAACUGCUUCACCCCUUCCAGAAGCACUUUGUGAACAUCAUAAAAAACAUUCUCUUGUUGAUUAUAAAAGUUUUUGGUCAAAUAAAUUUGGUUCAGAAUAUGACAUUAUUGUGGUUGAUUUAAAACCGGAUGAUAAAAUUGAAAUAGAUGGGGGAAUUGGUAUUGAAUGGCAAGGGACUGUUGAUGUUUGCAAUGGAAAUCAGUUAUGUUCUCAUCAUUUUAUUUCAAGUCUUCGUAGAAAUGGUCCAGCAGAGAAAACGGGCAUUUUAAAGGCUGGGGAUGAGCUUUUACAAGUCAACGACAUAUCACUUUAUGGGGAAUCUUUUGUAAAAAUGCGUAAAGUAUUAAAUCGUGAAAGGCGUGAAAAUUCUCCUUUUAUUCGGCUAAUAUUUUGUAGAAAAACUGAAUUAGACUUUAUUAAUUUUGUGAUACCAUCACCAGAACAGUGCCUUCCUAUAGCUUACCCUUUAUUAGCCUCAAUGAUGGCUGGUGAAGAACAUUUUAUUAAAGCAAAAUCAGAAAUUGGCCUUUGUAAUCUUAAUGGAAAAUUAAAUGGAAAAUUCACUUCAACCCCACGUAGAUCCUCGGCAUUUAUUCGCCGUCCUCAAUUUAAAUCACGUUCACUUGAAAAUUUGUCUGGUUUAGCUGUCUGGAAUUGUGUUCCUUUAGUUGUUCCUUUACUUAAGGAUGACCCAUUACACCCUGGAGAAAGAGUUGUUUUAAUUAUUAGAAGUCUAGUUCCAGGAGGAGCAGCACAAGCCGAUGGACGAAUUGUCCCUGGGGAUAGACUUCUUUUCGUUAAUGACAAAGACCUUUCUAACAGUUCCUUGGAGAAUGCUGUUGAAGUGUUGAAGACAGCUCCUGUUGGCCAAAUUGUUCGUCUUGGAAUUGCAAAGCCUAUUCCUAUUGAAAAGGUGGGGGGUUUUAUAUUUUUAUAUAUUUUUUAACCUAAAAUUUACUUAUUUUGCACUUUUUAUUUUUAAUUUUUUAACUUUUCAAAAUAUUUGUUUUCGUCUAGUAUUUUCUAAUUUUUUUUAAAUUAACGUCUAUAUCUCUGAGAAAAAUAAUAAUAAUUAUUAUUAUUAAUCCCUUUUUUACAUCAGACUUUCCCCUCACUUUUUCUAAUUUUCCUAAAAGUAAACAGACAAAAAACAUGUGAAUAUUAACGUUAAUUUUUAUUUUUCAAUAUCAUGUCAAACAUUUUUUAAAAUUAUUUUAAUUAAUAUUAGUAGGGUUUAAGGUCCCCUUUUCUUAAUUUUUAUCAACUCCUAUUUUAUUUAUUAUCUGAUUUUUCCUUGGACAGGUCCCGAAACUUUCGUAUCAGGAAUUUCCGUAUCCAAGAUUUUUGGAAACUUUUGUCUCCAAAUUUCGGAAUUUUCAUCUCCAGUGAAAUAUUCGUCACAAAGGAAAUAAACUGGAAUUUUAGGAAUGCAUUUUAAUUUUAGUCACUGGAAUUUAGGCGCGAAGAAUUGAGGGCGUAGGGGUGAAUUUCUUGAUUUAUUCGAGGGGGAGUCGACCUGUGGGAGUCGUCUGUCUUUAUAAAAAGCAUUAUUAAAUCCUGACCCCACAGAAAUUUAAAAUUAAAAGAAAAAGUGAAAAAUCACACUAAAAAUUAAUCUCUUCAUUUUUUGUACUUAAUUUUUUAACAAAAAAACCGGUUAUUAUUCAAAAUUCAUUUUUUUCAAAACCGCGUGAAAAAUUUAUUAUACUUUUAAUCUUUUUUUAUUUAAAAAUAAUAAUCCUAUCUUUUUUAUUUACUUUUUAACCAAAAAAAAUUAUUUUUUCUAUUUUAUUUAUCUUUGGAUGUCAAAAUAUUUAUUUUUAUUUUUUAUGUACCUAUAAGGGAUGUCACAGGUUGAGAAAAAUGUCGGGUCAGGUUUCGGGCCAGGUUUCCAAAAUUUUUCUCAUAUCGGGUUUCGGUCGGCAACCCUAUUACCUAUGUAAAUUGUAGUGAUGCUUGGGUAUCCCAACUCCCGAAUCAGGAAAAUUUCCCGAGUCUUUGCCUCCCGAUCCCUACUCUCGAUGUCAAUUCCCGUCCAGACUUCCGUUUCCCGAUUCCCGGGUUUUUUCUUCUACCGAACAUUACUACUAAAUUGACGUAUUAUCGUGAGUCGCGUGUCCUAAAAACGCCUCUUUGUUAUGUACUUGUUUAAAUAUUUAAUUUUAUACUCCUAUUGUUAACCUUAAAACGAGGUUUAACUUUAUUUAAAUAUAUUCAACAAUUAAUCUUUUAUUUUUGCAAAAUUUUUUUACUAAAAAAUAUUUCCUAUUUUAGUAAAAUACCCCUCCGUAUAAUUAAUUACUCUUUCCUUCAUUUCCUCUAUACAAAAUGAUUUAUUGCUUUUUUCUAAAUUUUAUAAAAAUAUUUUUUGGCUGCCUAUUUUGUUCUUAAGCCCUUCUUUUAAAUUUUUAAACUCUUUAGUAAAAUUUAAGCUCGAUAGUUUGUCUUCACUUUGGCAUUUCUCUCUCCUUAUUACGUCGGAUUUAUUUGGUCCUGAGGGUUACUCAUUAUUGAGAU